AUGGGGGCUGUCCUGAAAGACAAUGGAGGAGUGUUUUUUGUAUACGGAUUUGGUGGAACAGGAAAAACAAUUAUGUGGAAAACUUUGUCUGCUGUUGUUAGAUAUAGGGGAUUGAUAGCAGUUAAUGUAGCAUCAAGCGAUAUUGCUUCUUUGUUGUUGGAAGGUGGGAGGACUGGACAUUCAAGGUUCUGUAUCCCUAUUAACCCUGAUGAUUUUAUAAUGUGUAAUAUCAAUCCUAAUUCAGAUCUUGCUAACAUGUUGAAAGAAACUUCUCUUAUCAUAUGGGAUGAAGCACCCAUGAUGAGCAGAUAUUGUUUUGAGAAUUUGGAUAGAAGUUUGUCAAAUAAUAUGAGAAACAAAGAUAAUAAGCCAUUUGGUGGAAAGGUUGUUGUCUUUGGAGGUGAUUUCAGACAAGUUCUCCCAGUUAUCAACGGUGCUGGUUCUAACGUUGACAAAGAACAUGCGUCAAAUGUAAUGUCGGAGAGGGAAGCAGAAAGUAUCAAGGAGUUUUCUGAUUGGAUAUUAGCUGUUGGUGAUGGGAAAAUUGCUGAGCCAAAUGAUGGGGAAGCUCUAAUUGAUAUUCCAGAUGAAUUUGUAAUCAAAAAUGUUGAUGAUCCUAUCGAUGCUAUAAGUAGAGCCGUUUCUGAGUUUUUGAAUAGUAUCAGACUAUCUGGAUUGCCAAACCAUAUGCUACAGCUCAAGAUAGGUGCUCAUGUUAUGUUAUUGAGGAUUAUUGAUCCUAAAGGUGGUUUAUGCAACAAUACUAGAUUGAAGAUUACUCAGAUGGGGAACAAUGUUCUAGAAGCUUGCGUUAUUAUAGGGGAUAGAGUUGGAGACAAAGUUUUGAUUCCAAAGGUCAUGAUAAAACCAUCGGACACUAAGUUGCCUUUCAGGAUGAGGAGAAGUGAAUUUCCAUUGGUUGUGGCUUUUGCAAUGACUAUCAACAAGAGUCAAGGACAAUCACUAGAAGAAGUUGGAUUGUUUCUUCCUCGACCUGUAUUUUCUCAUGGACAGCUAUACGUAGCGUUGUUAAAGGUCACAUCUAAGAAGGGUUUAAGAGUUUUUAUAGUGGAUAAAGAAGGGGAGCCCAAGACGCAAACAAUGAAUGUUGUCUUCAAGGAAAUAUUUCAGAAUCUUUGGGAAUAA